UUUGUCCCCUCAGGAGCUAUUCCCAUUAUCCUUAUACCCUACUCUGUGGUGUUCACUAAGUUCUGGUUCUUGGCUGUGCUCUCCUUAGCCUGGCUUGCCUAUAAUUGGAACACCCACAGUCAAGGUGGUAGGUAUUCAGCUUGGGUACAAAACUGGACCCUCUGGAAGUAUUUCCUAGAUUACUUCCCAGUAAAGCUGGUGAAGACUCAUGACCUUUCUCCCAAACACAACUACAUCAUUGCCAACCACCCCCAUGGCAUUAUCUGUUAUGGUGUCUUCAUCAACUUUGCCACUGAGGCCACUGGCUUUGCUUGGAUUUUCCCAUCCAUCACUCCCUCUGUAGGGACCUUGGAAGGAAUCUUCUGGAUCCCGAUUGUGCGAGAAUAUGUAAUGUCAAUGGGUUUGUGCCCAGUGAGCGAGUUGGCCUUGAAGUAUUUGCUGACCCAGAAAGGCUCAGGCAAUGCUGUGAUUAUUGUGGUGUGUAGAGCUACUGAAGCCCUCUUGUGCCAGCCAGGAGCCUCUACCAUCCUCCUCAAAGAGCGUAAAGGUUUUGUAAAGUUGGCACUGAAGACAGGGGCAUAUCUUGUCCCUUCUUAUUCCUUUGGUGAGAACAAGGUUCACAAUCAGGAGACCUUCCCUGAGGGCACAUGGAUAAGAUUCUUCCAAAAAACCUUCCAGGACACUUUCGAAAAAAUCCUAGGACUAAAUUUUUGUACCUUCCACGGCUGGGGCCUCAGUCGCAGAUCUUGGGGCUUCCUGCCUUUCAAUCGGCCCAUUGCCACUGUUGUUGGGGAACCCUUGCCAAUCCCCAGGAUUAAGAGACCAAGCAAGAAGAUGGUGGACAAGUACCACGCACUCAACAUCAGUGCCCUGCGCCAGCUGUUUGACCAACACAAAGUUGAAUAUGGCCUCCCUGAGACCCAGGAGCUGCCAAUCAUAUAA